CAUAGAAGAUAUUGUAUCAGGCAAGCCAGCUCAGGGUAAGCUCCCCUCCCUCUAGCUCUGGCUGGUGGGGACAGUUCAAAGGGACAGUAUGAACCCCUUUCCUCUGGGUUGCUUAGGGAGUGGGGGAUACCGGGUUGGAUGGGCCCCUGGAUACCAGUCUAGACUCCCAAGUGCCUGCACUGAGGGGAAUCCCCUCUAGGGGGCUGUCUCCAUAAUGCGUUCAGCCCCCAGACACUGUGGGGCAAGGGGGUUCCAGGCCGUUGUUGGGAUCCAGCAAACUCAUCUCACCCACACGCCACCCCCUGCUGUGGGUUGUUGGCAGUGGUGAGGUUCUCCUCCCUGGGGCGGGUGGGGGCUGGUGUCCUGCUGCCUGGCUGGAGUCUCACAGACAUCUCUAUCUGUCCCCACACAGAGGGACACAUGAAGCCGGAGGAUGAUGAAGCCUUCCUGGAUCAGUUCAUCAAGCACAUGGAUGGCAGCGAGAGGGAGAAGCAGCUGCUCUUCACCUACCUGCAGCUGAUGGCAUCAGUUGAGCACCUCCAGCAGCAGUUCCGCUCCCAGGCCGCCACCACUGACAAGAUUGUCGACAGCUUCUUCGAGGUGGGGGAUACUGGCACCUGGCGCAGGGAAAGGCUGAAUGGACCCAGGGCAGGGUAUACCAGGCUGGAUGGGCCCAUGCGCUGA